AUGUCCGCACCAGGCGUGUUCUCCAUCAUGUCCGCCUCGCCUUCACGGUCAUCCUCGCCCGCCGUGGCCGCCGGGCCUAGUCACCAAAUCCCCUUCAACAGCGCUCCUGUUCACCAUGCGCCAAGUCCACUCGGUUUCGGCUUUGGCUUCGGUUCCUCGUUUGGAGGCAACAAUGUUUCUGUCUCCUCGCCAGCCGCCAGCACUUCCGCAGCUUCGCCCAUCUUUGGCUUUGGCUCCGCAUCAGCAUCCACAUCACAGCUGCCUGCCACCAGUCCUUCGAGGCGAUCCGACGCCAAACGCAGACGUGACCUAGAUGAUGACGAUGACGACUUCGACGAGGACGAUGACAUGGGUCACGUACAAAGAUCUCGGCUUGGUUCGGAUUCCUUCGCUCCUCCGCACGAACACAAGCGGGUCGUCCUGCCAAAGCGAAUGCGGGCCGGUCUUGGGUUUGGACUCAAGAACGCCGAGCCAUUGACUUACUCGGCGCACCAAGCAGCAUCAGUUUCGACAUCAUCCGCCUUCUCACCAUCGACACCCACCCACUCUCAGAACAACGCUCUCUUCACUCCCUCUCACUCCGCAUCGAAACGACAAGCUCUCGGUCUUUCAAAUCGAGUGGGCAUGUCAGGUAUCGACGUCGACAUUGGCAAGAUGCUUGCAUCCAUGGACAAGCCUUCUCUGCUUUCGAUGCUCUCGUCUCUGCUUCUGCAGUCGACCGAUGCUACACUGCCGGCGCAGAUCCUAUCGCUUCUCCCCACACCCUCGCUAGAUUCCGUCGAGAGCUCCCUCGACGAGCUGGAAAAGGCGAUUCGCUCCGCGAUACCCUUCGUCGCAGACGGUUCCACUGCCAGGCACGAAUACACCUGGUCGCGACUUCGUGCGCCCAUCGCUGCGUUUGUCGACGCUGCACUUGGCUACCUUCCCUUCUUCGUCACCGAACUCGAUUCCGACCGCGAGCAACGACUGCGAGAGCGGGACCCACGACUGCAAGCCGACCGGGAAGAGGUGCACCCGGCUACGACGUUUACGUUCCUUCUCAUGAUCACGAGUCGUGUUCUCCGCAUCGAAGCGCUUCUGCCGUCGGUGACAAAGUCGAGUCUCGCCUUCAACCUCUUUACCGCUUCUAGCCAGCAGACGUCGUUCGGGUUCGGCGCGGGUGGUUCGACGCCCACCACGCCCAGCAAGAUGGUCGCAACCGAUGCGUACGGCAAGCACAGCAACCUCGCCUAUAUGCUGGGCACCGAAUUUGCGCAGCCCUCGUCACCAGAUGCGCUCAUGACUGUCCUCAUGCCCGCCAUCCUCAAGCAGUGGACGACGCUCCUGCACCGUCUGGACAAGGCGGUGAAUGGAGAUGGGAGAAUGUUUUCCCAGGAAAUGGUGCUCACUUGGGCUAGGGCAUUGGAGGCUACGGGUACGGUCAAGAGGGAGGAGCAGAAGGCGGAGGAGAUGCUCAUCCGCAAAGCUAUGGAUGAGGUACGGAACCGGUUGGAGAGGGAUUUGGCUUGGUUGGUCGGUGGAACGCAGUACGCGGUGCAGAAGAGGGAGAAGAGGGGACGCGGGAGCAGCAUGAGCGAUGGAGAGGAGGAGUUGUAG